AUGUCCUCUGCACAAGACGAAUUCGAUCGCCUUAUCCGGGCUAAUAGAGAUUCAUCCCGCACUCAUCCCGAAGACCGUGAUCAGUCGGGCAGCGACUCCCCCGCCAACAAUAACGACGCCUCAGCAGACGAUCAGUACGAACUCUCAGACGCCGAUUCCGACUACGGCGAUCACAUCAAAAGAGAAGACGGCAACAUGGUUUCUCGUACAGGCGCCUACACCGUCCCCUCGACGGUCUUUGAAGCCAACACCGGGCCCAAGGGUGUCAUCGCUGAUGCGCAAUCAUUCGAGCGGGCACGCAAGAAGUCCUUUCGCAGGACAUUACUCAGUGCCGCGAGACUUGAUUCGCAUUCCAAAUUCUUCGGCGGAAACAGCAGCAACAACAACAUAACGCAACAUAGCCAGGCAUCGAGCAGUCCGCCCAGUGAUGAAGAAGAUGAGUUUAUGCGUCGCUGGCGAGAGUCGCGAUUGCAAGAAUUGCAGGAACGGGGUCAGAGGAGACCUAGUCCAUCAAAGAGAAUUUAUGGACGGGUUGAUACGGUGGAUGCGGAGGGGUAUUUGAAUGCGAUUGAGCGGGUUGCAUCUGAUACCGUGGUUGUAGUUUGUAUUUAUGAUCCUGAGUCAUCCGUCAGCGCUCAAGUUGAAGACGCCAUUGAAGUCGUCGCGCGCAAAUAUAUCACGACGCACUUCAUCAAACUGCACCAUGAGAUCGCGGAAAUGAGCCAUAUCGAGGCGCCAGCCCUGCUGGCUUACAAGGGGGGUGAUAUUAUUAGCACACUUAUCGAUAUUCCGCGACAGAUUCCGCGUGGAGGCGAGAUUAGCUCGCUUACUAUUGAGGAUUUAUUGAAACGAAAUCGCGUUUUCUAG